GGUACAGAAAUUCUAAAGUUGUUCAGGGAGUAUGAAACUACCAGACCCUUUUCUGGGAGUGCCGUCUGAUCUUGAUACAGCUUUGCAUAUCUCUACCUACCACAUUGUCCAAUCCUCGACACACGGAUGUCCAUCAACGUGAUACACCAAACGAGCCCUCUGCUCUUUUGGACAAUCAUUCUCAUUUCCUCCCGCCACACCGAAAUGCUCAUUGAACCCUACAAGAACUUACUCUCCAGGCAGUUAAUCGAGCCAGUCCGCUCCUUGUAUACAAUCCACGCCCUUCUCCUCUUCUGUCUCUGGCCACUCCCUGUCCGGAAGCAGAUCCUCGAUUCGAGUUGGAAUUAUUGCGGAUUUGCAGUCAGUGCUGCGAUACGCAUGGGUCUGCAUCAAUUAGAGGCCACGUUUGAGUAUGAUUUUAGCCAGUUCUCGGCCCAGGAUCUAGAGAUUCGGAGGAGGACGUGGCUGGGUUGUUUCAUUAUCAGCACCUAUUUGAGUUCCGAUCUGGGACUACCGAGUAUAAUAGGACCUGCCAUGGACCUCGACGUCUUUUCGAAACCAGGCCUAGUAUACAACCCCACAGAUCCUCUGUGCAUACAGUUCGAGAUCGAGCGGCACGUAGCCAGAUUCUCAGCAGCGUUGAGUCAACGCACUGGAUCACACGUCCGAACUUCUCUCAUCCAGAUGUUCGACCGGGAGCUCAAGCCUCUCGGAGAGGAAGUGCUAGCGCUUUCUAACCAAAGACUAGAGAUGCUCUUCCUAGGAGCAAAGCUGAGCUUGUACUCCUUUUCGAUCCUUGGCGAGACAGCCGCCAGCACAGAGACACAACACAUCGAUCCUUCCAUGAAAAGUAUCUGGUAUCUAGGAGUCGAGACUGCAAGUCACCUCGCAUAUCUCUACUCCAACGUCGCAACGGCGAACUCGGUGACAGGCACCGCAGCCCUAUCUUCAUCAUCCCCGCACUAUUCGUACCCCAAACACAAUUUCUGGAUCCUCCUAAGCAGCGGCUAUUACCUCCUCAAAUUCCUCUCCGUCAACACUUCCGUCACAGCCUCCGAAGCCGAGCUCGCGCGGAACAGCAUCCGGCUCGUGUACUCUACCAUGCAAUCCUGGUCUCGCCAUUCCAUUGACGAAGCCGCGCGCCUCGCACGGAUUAUCUCCUUGCUUGCGAAUGCGGAACUCCAGGGGACCCUCGCGGAAUACAAGAGGAUCAAUAGGAGGCCGCCUUUGAGCGUCGUGGCGGAUGUAAUGGAGAUCACCGCCUGGUUGAGGGCCAAGUUGAAGAGGGAAGGGAAGGCGAACCCGGCGCCGGCGGGGACGGGCACGGGGGAGAGUGGGCUGGGGGUCGUGCCAGUGCAGUUGGAAAAUGUUGUCAUGGAGCCGGUGUUAUUGGAUGAUGAGGCACUUUGGGAGGGACUGGAUGAGUGGUUAAGGUUAGAGGGUGAUGUGGGAAGUUUUCUGUUGCCGUACUCGGAAGGGGGAUAUCCUGUGAAUUGAGGGCGCGGAGUAAGGUUCUUUAUUUAAUCGUAAUCCAAAAAAGGGGAGGGUUCCCAAAGGGAUUGUAUAUAUCUUGAAAGCAAUGGCGCGGGUGAUUAAACUGGACCCCAUGGAGACGGGA